CAAACCGCACGAUGCUCGCUCAAAUAACAAACCACCAAAGAACCUAACAAAGUGACGUUAGCUGGAGGCCAAUGCCUGGGCUCACCUUCCUGCAUGAUUUCUGUUGCCUGUCCCAGGACAGAAAGGCUUCACUGCUCCUGCUGAUGGGGCAGAAAUGGGUGAAUGUAAUUAUGUGGCCUCUGCAUUGGAGGAAUCCAUCACCUGCACAGCAGCGGGGUAAUGUCCUGCUGACUAACCCAUGGGCAGAUGUAUGGUCAAAUCCUAAAGCUCUAUAAGUAGAGCCGCCAUCACCGUCAUCCAGAUGAGUAAGAUGACGAAGCUUCUGAGGAGACAGGCAGAGAGGGCGUGGGGAGAUCUCAGACAUCAUUAGGAAUGGAUGGGAGGGAGGGGGAGUCCUGGGUGGGGGUCUGAGGUGGAUAAAGGGAGGGAGAGAGUGUUGCUCUCCACUCUGAGGAGUUUAGGAUCUCUUCAUGACUGACUGUAGAGCCGAUCUAGGUGUUGGAGAGACCGUGAACAGCUGUUGAUCAGCAGUAAGAGCUGUGGAAAGAGCCCAGUUGUCCUGUUGCUGUGAUGAGCUUCAGGGCGGUGCUGCUGUCCUUCCUCCUGCUGUCUCUGAGCUGCUCCAGAGGAGCUGUCAUCACCGGGGCCUGUGAGAGAGACCUGCAGUGUGGUUUCGGUCUUUGCUGUGCUGUUAGUCUGUGGCUGAGGGGUCUGAGGAUGUGUGUCCCCAGAGGAGUGGAAGGGGAUGAAUGCCACCCUUUUAGUCAUAAGGUACCUUAUCUAGGAAAGAGGCAACACCACACCUGUCCCUGUCUUCCCCACUUGGUGUGCACGAGGUAUGCUGAGAGCAAGUAUAGAUGUACAGAGGACUUCAAAAACCUGGAUUUUUAACAGACACAGAGAUGAAGCUGAGCACAGAGGAAAAAAGCACAUAUGUUAUCCACACUGACUGUACUCUUCAUUUGUGUACUCUAUGCACUAUAAUACAAAGUGUUAAUUCUGUCAAUCCUCCCAUCAGUGACAGAAAAACAAAAACCAAGACAGUGUAACAUGUAAAAAAAAGCAGCUGCAGCAGACAUCAGACACUUUUUCUGGAUAGAAAUGAUAAGGCUAUUUGUGAAGUGGAACAUUUGCUGUUAUCAUUGUGCACUUUAUGUUAAUUUAUCAAGAGAAAUGUAAA